AUGCAGCUGCAACGGCUUCUUCCAUUGCUAUUGAUUUCCAUCUUAUGGCAGGCGAGGUGCCAAGACGAUGAUGACGAGGAAGUGGACUUUGAAGAACUAGAGGAGUCUGACGUGGGCAAUGAACGGGAUGUUGACAUGGAUCUGCCAACAGCGCAGGCAACUCAUCCGCUUUUUCAGGAUUGCUUGAGCCAUGCCGAGGCGGUCGAAACGGAGCAUGGCCUCUACGAUGACUCAAAGGGAGGUGCAGAGGCGCGGAAAAAGCAAGCGGCUGCGCUGCUCGAAAAGACCAAGGGAUUGGUAAAGAAAGAAUCGCCCAACUUUGAAGAACAGUUUGUACAGAUAUCCAUGAGAAAGGAGGAGGAUUUGGUGCACCAGAUGCAUGUGACUUCCUCCUCCAACAUUUUGAGCUUUGACGCUGAUGGCCCAACAAUGGCUCCCGUGGCGCACGUGGCUGGACUCGCGGAGAAUGAAUUUGAUCAAUCCAUAGACGCUCUGAAGUUGAGAGUUGGCGACAUGAAGAAGACCUUUGGGUCCCGGACCCGCGAAGCGCGUGAAGGGCGCGAGCCACGCGGAUUGGUCAUGCGAGGUCCUUUGCCCACGGGUCACGGCCGAAAGCGCCACAUCCAAGUGUCGAUCCGGUCGAGCCAGGUCUCCACGUCCCAUGGCCUGCCGAUGCGGGUGGCGGACCUCUCAGAAGAACUGGCAGAAGCUCGAGCAAAGUGCUUGGAAGAGGCGGAAGCCUUGAAGAAGACUCAGGCCAAAGAGGCCGCGGCCGCGGCGGAGUUGAGCCGCUUUCGCGUGCGCGUGGAUGAGCGGCAGAGGUUGGACCAGGGAGAGGAGAAGGUCUUGGAUCUCCAACAUCAAGAGUCAGAGUUGGCGAAGAGGAAGGAUCAACUACAAGAGGAAUGUGCUCAGAUGAGGCCCAAGGUGCAACACGCGGAAGCUGCGGCGCAGCAGGCCGAACAGCAGGCGGUGAAGUGCCUCCGUGAAGUGGGUCAUGCCCAGCAGCAGCUUCUGGUGGCCAAGCAAGCGGCCUUGCAGCUGCAGAAGCAAGAUAGCUCCAAGGAUCUAACAGCCUUGCAGCAGGCUGCUGAGGCGGAGCAGCAAGCGUGUUUGGAGUUGGAGCAGGAGGAACAGAGAUUGAAGCAGGUGGACGAGGAGAUGCAUCGACGAUUGAAGGUGGAGGAGGAGGCGUCCCGGAAACAGAUGGAGGAGCAUUUGGCACACUGCAGUCAGCUGGAUAAAGACCUCGCAGCUGCUGAAGCUGACAGGCCUUGGGAGAAGUUUCAUCGCACCAAGGCAUUGGUUGCUGAGUUGUCGACAAAAGCCAACGCGACACGACGCGAGCGUGCCGAUUUGGCGGCCAAGCUCAAUGCUCUCCAGACCCACCAGGAGAUGCAGACGCGUUUGCUGGAGACCCAGCGCUUGGAGGCCCAAAGCUCGCAAGAUGCCUUUCGACUCCGCAACAGCGAGGCCCUGGCAGCGCAGAGUGAAGAGCUGCAGAUGGACGCGAAGCUGAGGAGUACCAAGACAGAGGUCCAGACACUUCAGGUGUAUCUCCAAAAUGUGACCUCGCAGCGACAGAGUGUGCUGGAUGAGGUCGCUUCUGCACGCCUAGAGGAGGCCAGCCUGAAACAGGAGGAACAGGCACGGCAAACUGCACAGCUGCGGUUGAGUCGAGAACUGGAGUCUGCACGUGCAGGUGCUUGGGAAGCGGAAGCCAAACGCACCGAGACCAAGCGUAAGGAAGAGGAACUCCAUUCUCUUCACGUGGAACUUGCGAAAAACUUGGCCAGCGAAGAGGCGCAAGUUGCAGAGUUGCAACGACAAAGCCACGUGCUGUCUUCAACCCUACAGCACACCUUGAAGGAAGUGGAGACCGCCAGAGAGGAAGAUCAGUCAGAACGGACAAAUGUUGCCGCGCUGCAGGGGCGGUUGAAGAAGCUGCUGCCCUUACAGUCGGCACGACAAGCGGAGGUCGUUGAAGCGGAGUACCAGCUGCACACGCUGCGAGAAGCUCUGACGGAGAAGGCGUUCAGAAGCACUCCAAGCACACGAGGCACAGGCGGCGCAAGCCGAAGAAGUCGCCGGAGUGGCAGAGGCAGAAGUGGCAGCUGUCCGGCAGAAGUUGCAGGAAGUUCAAGGGUUGGAAGCAGCAGCUGCCAAGACUUUGCAGGAACUGGAGGCACGUCAGGCCGCGCUCCACGCGCGUUGCGACCCCUUGGAGACGCAGCGGGAGACGCAGCAGCAGCAGAUCGCAGAGCGACUGGAAGAACUGCAGCAGGAAGAGCAGCGUCUCAUCGAGACGCAACAGGGCCCCAAGUCCGUACGCACACGCCUGGAGGAGCUCGCCGUUUUCAGAGGGGUUCAGGUGGGGGAGUUCAAGGCCGAGGCCAAGACGUUCCGGGAGACCAUCGCAGACCUUGA